UAGUGGGUCAGGUAAAAGGCAAACGGUCAGUUUGAAGAGGACUCUCUCCUAGGACCAUGUAUUUGAAAUCCUCCCUCUUUGGAAUAUUCAUAUUAAGUUUAUUUUCUUAUAAUUUAUCGGAGGCUCAAAGGUUCCUGAUUCCUCAGAGACAAAAUUCACAGCCGGUUUCUUCAUUUAGAUAUAAUCCAAAUCACAACAGGGUACAUCACCGCAACAGUUUUACACACAGCCAAGGAUUUCUCGCAAACAGACAAGAUUCAUCAAGGGAAAUAUUUCAAACACGACCAGGUCAACAGCUGUCUCCCUCUUUUGAUAACAGGAGAAAGUCAAUUUUUCGAUUUCAAAACACUAUAGCGGGACAUCAUCAAACCAAGAAACAUCCUUUCGAUAGCAGCGAACACAUACCAAAACCUUCAGCCUCUGAAUCGGUGAAGCAUGCAUCAGCCCACAAGCCAUUCCAUGUCGAUCAUAAAAUUUCAAAACCCGAGUUUAGUUUUUUAUCGGCAAUGAACUCCAACUUCAAACCUACAAUCCCUCUGAAACCACCAAGUCAGCAUAUCUUACGCACCCCUCCAGUUAGAAAUUGGACACCAAGAAAUCCAGCCAUACAAAAUACAGGAAUCGCGGGACCGAUGAUGUUUAACCCUGUCCAUAGAAGGCGCCCUUUUCAACCCUCUUAUGUUAACAACAGACCGAGACAAAUGCAUCAAAGAAGAUUUCAUCCUCCAAUGAGAAUUUCCACUGGGAACUUGUCGGGGCAGCAAGGACUUCUUGGGUCUCCUUCCGUCCUAAAUGCGAUCCCUAACAUUCUGCCAGAAAACACCGUCAUUGCACCUGCGGAGGAAAAAUCUGAUGUUGUCAAGAAGGACAUAAGCUUGCAAAAACCUACUGAACAUACCAACAAAAAUCCAGACCAUCUCACAGUCGCCAUAAGUCCGUUGAACUCUGAACCUCUGACUAAACCUGUUGAAACUGCAAUCAAAUCAGUAACUGUUCCUAAACAGAAGCCACUACGAAAAACAAUAAAAGCAAAGAAACACAAAUCCGGUGUAAGAAAAACAAAGAAAAACGUCACUAAACACAAAGCAACAAAGCCAUCUAAACCUUUGCCUUCCAAGGUUGUGAAAAAACCCAAAGAAAGGCCGUCUAAGAGUAAGACUAAGAAAAAUGAAAAAAUAACCCCAGCGCCUAAAAAAGAAUCCAAACCCCGCAUUAUCACAGAUGCACCUACAAAACCACCAACAACCACGGAAAUGUCCCCAGUCGACGAUGAUUUCCUUCCGGGCGGAUCUAGUGGUUCCUGGGAAAUGCCGGAUCACGAUUUCCCCAAUUCGGGCUCACAAGAAGUUAUGAAUGUAUUUGGUAGAGAAAGGUUUCUUCCCGGCUGCCUCUGCACAAUGUUUUGCGGUCAUGGGUUCGAAUUUGCCGGGUUUUGUGGAGCUUCAUCCGCCGAAUUCUUCCGUCCUCGUCUCUCCAAAUGUUGUCCAGUCAAGAAUGGCUCGGGCGGUAACAGUGGACACAUGCCUUUCUUUUUCGAUGACUGAAUAUUAGUCCUUUCUACAAAACUAUUUAUAUUUUGUUUAGUAAUUUUUUUAUUUUUGUUCAAUGAACAAUCAUUUGUUUUUAAUUAUCAUAUUAAUGAACGAAAAGGUCUCCAUACAAUCCUUAUUUAAUAUUUUAGUCACUUUUUUCCUUCGUUAAGUCAUUGAUAGUUUAGUGUAUAACGUUUCAUGCGCGGAUCCAGAAUAUUCUACCGCAAUUGGGGGUGCGGGUUCCGAGAAAAAUGUCUUUUUAGCCAGGGGGAUCCCGGGCCUGUUUUCGAUCACUCAACUAUGUGGAUUAAAUAAGUCUGAAUUUUCCACGGGUGUCUGGACCCCCAGACCCCCCUCGAUCUUCGCAAGACCCUUUCCCCAUUUUUUUUAAAACAGAUAACGAAGUAUUUAUUAAGUUGGCUGAGCGAUCAAUAAAUUAUCAUUUAAGUGUAAAUCUACCUUUAAAAAUAUUUAAUAAUUAUGUGUUUUAGCCAGAAACUAAGUGCAGAAUAUUUCCUUAUAUUCAGGCUUUGGAAUUUCAUCCGUUUCCUCCAUAGCUUUAUUCUUAGCUCUUCUUUUGAAGGAGAUUAACAUGGUCUUGAAAUGACUAUGACCAUCCAGCCCUCCUUAAUACUGUGAAUAAAAUGUUUCAGUCUGAAAAUAUUAUUCGGUAGAACAUUCAUUGCAUAUACCGGUAUGUCUUUAUAUACGAUCUGAGAGGUGAAUUUUCUAUCAACAAUAGUACUGUUGCAAAAUUUAUCUAACCCUUUUCAUAAUUUUAGAAAAUAUAUUUAUAUCUACAAUGUAUAUUCAUAAAUCAUCAUUAAAUGACUUUUUACUUAAUGUACUGAGCAAAUAUAUGGUUGGUAAUAAAAUAUUCCAUUGGUAACGCCUAUAGCUUUUUUAUUUUCUUAUAUAAUAGAAUUGGUAGUAUGGAACAUUUAUUCAAACUAAAUUUAUUUCCGUAUUUCGUAGGUUAUGUUCGAUAAGUGUAUAUGAUCAUCUAUUUUUUUCCAAC